ACGGUUGUUUUUUUACGUCACAGUGGAACUACAAAGAUUUCAUUUAAAUAUAGCACGAAUGAAACCAUACAAAAUUGCUAACAAUAGCGAGUUAAACCUCUAAAGCGAAGUAGCUUGCAAAAGUUUGACAAGUUUACGUUCACCGAGCUCAGCUCCACCCCCUGGUUACCCACCUGUUCUUGUCAGAUAACGACCAGAGGCACCCGUUAGGCACAAUUGCAUAUUUUUCAACAGCUAAACAGCUGCCAUGGCCUCAGGUGGGGCCCCACUGCCACCCUCGGCCAACCAUUGUGCCACCAAGGUGGAGCUGACCAUCUCCUGUGAAAACCUCAUGGACAUGGACAUCUUCUCCAAGUCAGACCCUUUGUGUGCCUUGCACAUCAACACCUCAGGCUCCCACUGGUCUGAGUUUGGACGCACAGAGAUGAUCCUGAACUGCCUGAAUCCAAAGUUUGCUAAGAAGUUUGUGAUCGACUACUAUUUCGAGAUGGUGCAGAGGCUAAAGUUUUGUGUGUAUGACAUCGACAAUGACAGCCACAGCCUGACUGAUGAUGAUUUUCUGGGGGAGAUUGAGUGUACCCUGGGUCAGAUUGUUUCAAGCAGGCAGAUGACCCGACCUUUACUGCUGAAUGACAAGAGACCUGCAGGUCAUGGGACCAUCACAAUUUGUGCUGAAGAAAUAAUAGACAACAGAGUGGCAAACUUUGAGGUGUCGGCUCACAGGUUAGACAAAAAGUUUUUGUGGUGGUCCGACCCUUUCCUGGAAUUCUACAAGCAGACAAAAACUGGGUGGCAGUUGGCUUACAGAACAGAGGUGGUCAAAAACAAGCAAAACCCAGUCUGGAGACCCUUCACCAUCUCAUUGCUAUCCCUCUGUGGAGGAGAUGUGGAGAGAGCUAUAAGGGUGGAUUGUUAUGACCACCACGUCAACGGCUCCCAUCAGCUCAUCGGCAGCUUUACAGCAACACUAGCUGAGAUGCAAAUUGCAACACGCAUUUCUGCGGCUGAAUUUGAGUGCACUCAUCCAAAAAAGUCAAAGAAGAGGAACUAUAAAAACUCCGGGAUCAUUUGCAUCAACAACUGCCAGGUGGAUAAGCAGUAUACCUUCCUGGAUUAUAUCAUGGGGGGUUGUCAAAUCAACUUCACUAUUGCCAUUGACUUCACAGCCUCUAACGGGAAUCCCAACGUUCCCAAUUCCCUCCACUUUAUCAACCCUGAGGGAUAUAAUGAAUACCUGAAAGCCAUCUGGGCGGUGGGGAAUGUCAUCCAGGACUACGACAGCAACAAGAUGUUUCCUGUCUUUGGUUUUGGAGCCGAGCUACCUUUCUCUCAGCGCGUUUCCCAUGAGUUUCCUAUCAAUUUCAAUCCAUCAAAUCCAUUCUGUGUGGGAAUAGAGGGUGUGGUGCAGGCUUACCGACAGUGUCUACCCCAGCUGAAGCUCUCGGGCCCCACAAACUUCGCUCCGAUUAUCAACCAUGCGGCCUGUUUCGCCAGACAAGCUCUACAGCAGAAUGUGGCCUCACAGUACUUCGUGCUGCUCAUUAUCACAGAUGGAGUGAUCACAGACAUGGACCAGACAUGCACGGCUAUUGUCAAUGCUUCUCGUCUCCCCAUGUCCAUCAUCAUAGUGGGCGUGGGGGGGGCAGACUUUGGCGAAAUGGAGUUCCUCGACAGUGAUGAUGUAUUGCUGUGUUCACCCAGAGGUCUUGUCGCCACAAGGGACAUUGUGCAGUUUGUGCCCUUCAGAGAUUUCCAAGAAAACAGCGCGGCCCUUGCUCUGAGUGUCCUGGCCGAGCUGCCCGAUCAAGUGUCCUCUUUCUUCAAUUUAUUCAAGUUGAAACCCCCUUAUGUAUCCAGUGUUUCUGAGCCGUCUUAGAAAGGUUUGUUAAAGUAACCCAAAUAAAUCCUAUGUACUACUUAUCUGUAUGUCCUGCAACCUCUUUCUUGGAUUCCUUUAUGGAUUGUUGCAAAUAAAUGCCAAGAAGUGAACAUGGAUGAAAGAA